GGUGUGAGGCCACUGACUGAGGAGAGAGGGGUCCCAGGGGAAGGGAAGCGGCAGAACAGCUGCAGAAGUGCAGGGAGCGGGAAGGUACUAGGGCAGCAGCUUCCCGCCGCCACCAGCCGGGCAGCAGCAGGAACAGCAGGGGGAGGAGCAACAGCUGCUGAAUUCGCCAACUAGAGGAGGGGGAGGCGGAGCUUGGGUCCCUGUAAGCAGCGGGAGGCGCAGUCUGGGCUCGAGUUUCCCGGGAGAGGCGAGAGGUAGGAGCACGAGCCGAGCGGAGCGCAGUCCUCCGACAUCAGCUCCAGCAUCCCGCCAGGGGUUGCAGGUGUGUGGGAGGUCAUGAACAAAUAAGCUGCUUAAUUGUUUGACUAGGCAGUUCAGCUUUUAGAUGCCUGCAGUGACAAAGAAGGAGAAUACAAGGAAAAAGGAAAUUCUGUCCCAGCUGUGUGCUGGUCAGUGUGUGCCGUUUGUGGGUGGACAGGGCUUCGGGAACACUGGUGUGCCAGGAGGAAGAACUAUCAACCAGAGAUGUCUGGCACUGACACUUUCUUUUCCACAGAGAAAUGGCUCAAGAACCAGAUAAACCUCGUAUUUAGAAAUAUUCAUUCAAAUUGAAGCAUCGUAAAAAAAAAAAAAAAAGAAAGAAAGAAAUAGAAGCAUCGUGUUCUGGUAUAAGCUGAAAUGGCUUGAGCUCUCCCAACAUGGCUUUCCUUGUACUCUUCUCUUUGCUGGUUCUGCAAAGUCUGGCUUUAGGGGCCACUUUCCCUGAUGAGACCAUUGCUGAGUUGUCAGUGAAUAUGUAUAACCAUCUUCGAGCCACAGGGGAAGAUGAAAAUAUUCUUUUCUCUCCAUUGAGUGUUACCUUUGCUAUGGGAAUGAUGGAACUUGGGGCCCAAGGUUCUACCCUGAAAGAAAUCCGUCAUUCAAUGGGAUAUGACAGCCUGAAAAAUGGUGACGAAUUUUCCUUCUUGAAGGAUUUUUCUAACAUGGUAACUGCUAAAGAGAGCCAGUAUGUGAUGAAAAUUGCCAAUUCCCUCUUUGUGCAAAAUGGAUUUCACGUCAAUGAGGAAUUUUUGCAAAUGCUGAAAAAAUACUUCAAAGCAGAAGUAAAUCAUGUGGACUUCAGUCAAAAUAUAGCUGUGGCUAACCAUAUCAAUAAGUGGGUGGAGAAUAACACAAAUAGUCUGUUGAAGGAUUUGGUAUCCCCGAGGGAUUUUGAUGCGGGCACUCAUUUGGCCCUCAUCAAUGCUAUCUAUUUCAAGGGGAACUGGAAGUCACAAUUUAGACCUGAAAAUACUAGGACCUUUUCCUUCACUAAAGAUGAUGAAAGUGAAGUCCAAGUUCCAAUGAUGUAUCAACAAGGGGAAUUUUAUUAUGGAGAAUUUAGUGAUGGCUCCAAUGAAGCUGGUGGUAUCUACCAAGUCCUAGAAAUACCCUAUGAGGGAGAGGAGAUAAGCAUGAUGCUGGCAUUGUCCAGACAGGAAGUUCCACUGGCCACUCUGGAGCCAUUGGUCAAAGCACAGCUGAUUGAAGAAUGGGCAAACUCUGUGAAGAAACAAAAAGUGGAAGUGUACCUGCCCAGGUUCACAGUGGAACAGGAAAUUGACUUAAAAGAUGUUUUGAAGGCUCUUGGAAUAACUGAAGUUUUCAUCAAAAAUGCAAAUUUGACAGCUUUGUCUGAUAACAAGGAGAUUUUCCUUUCCAAAGCAAUUCACAAGUCCUUCAUCGAGGUUAAUGAAGAAGGCUCAGAAGCUGCUGCAACCUCAGGAAUGAUUGCAAUUAGUAGGAUGGCUGUGCUGUACCCUCAAGUUAUUGUCGACCAUCCAUUUUUCUUUCUUAUCAGGAACAGGAGAACAGGUACAGUCCUAUUCAUGGGCCGAGUCAUGCAUCCUGAAACAAUGAACACAAGUGGACAUGAUUUUGAGGAACUUUAAAUCAUUUCAUAUGCAAAAUAGUAACUAAACACAUUAUGUUUGCAACUGGUAUAUUUAAGAUUUGUGUUUUACAGUAUAUCUUAUGGUAAUAUUUAAAAAUAGUUCCAGAUAAAACAAUGUACGUAAAUCAUAAGCCAAGGAAUGUUCUCAGUAUUAUUGAGGUAAUAGUCCCGUGGUGUCAUUGUGUCUACUGUGCUGGUAUUUAAAAUAAAAGUGCAUAUUGAUAAUGUGAACAACUCUGUUUUCA